CCCAUGUGCGCCCCCGGACCCUCAGCGAGGGUGGCGGCCAGAGGAGCCCCGGCACCCGGCCUCCUUGCCCUGCUGUUCCUGCUGCUGAUGGCCGCGCCGACGGGACGGGCAGGUAAACUUUUAAAGGAAUCCGGAACGUCUGUACCAUACCCACAAGGCAGGAGGGACACAAACUCGACUCUAUCAACUCUCCAGGGACAGAAGUUUCACUAGGAAGUUCAUCAUUAUGGUUUGGCAGUCUGGUUUUGUUGGCCUAAUCCCCUGUCUUAUUCGUCACUGCAGAUAAAGAAUCCUGUUCCCUGUGUCUCUGGUGAUCUGCAUAAACCUACAAAUGUCACCUUCAUAUCCAUAAACAUGAAGAAUAUCCUACAGUGGAACCCCCCAGAAGGCUUGCAAGGCAUGGAAGUUAGUUAUACUGUGCAGUAUUUCAUCAGAUAUGGGCAAAAGAAAUGGCUGAAUAAAUCUGAAUGCAGAAAUAUCAGUAGGACCUACUGUGACCUCUCUGCUGAAACUUCUGACUAUGAACAUCAAUAUUAUGCUAAAGUUAAGGCCAUGUGGAGAACAAAUUGUUCCAAAUGGGCAGAAACUGGACGAUUCUAUCCUUUCUUAGAAACACAAAUUGGCCCACCAGAGGUUGCUUUGACUACUGAUGAGAAAUCCAUUUCUAUUGUUCUGACGGCUCCAAAGAAGUGGAAGAAAAAUCCAGAAGAAAGCUCUAUUUCCAUGCAACAAAUAUACUCUAAUCUGAAGUAUAAUGUGUCCAUAUAUAAUACUAAAUCCAAUAGAACGUGGUCCCAGUGUGUGACAAACCACACCCUGGUGUUCAGCUGGCUGGAGCCGGACACUCUGUACUGUGUACUUGUGGAGUCCUUUGUCCCAGGCCCUCCUCGCAUCACUCACCCUUCUGAGAGGCAGUGUGUCAGUACUCUAGAAGAUCAAACAACAGCAUUGGAGGUUAAAAUCAUCCUCUGGUAUGUUUUGCCCAUAUCUGUUACUGUGUUUAUUUUCUCUGUGAUGGGUUACUCCAUGUACAGAUAUAUCCAUGUCGGCAAAGAGAAACACCCAGCAAAUCUGGUUUUGAUUUAUGGAAAUGAAUUUGACAAAAGAUUUUUUGUACCUACUGAAAAAAUUGUGAUUAACUUCAUCACCCUCAAUAUUUUGGAGGAUUCUAAAACUUCUCCCAAGGAUAUAAGUGUAAUGGAAAAAAGCAGUGAUGCAUCAGACCUGAAUGAGCCCAUCGAGGACCAGGAAGCCCACUGGGAGGAUGUGGAGGUGGAACACCUGGGCUAUGUGUCACAUGUGAUGGACAUUGUGUAUGACUUUGAGAAAAGCUCCAAAGGGACUUCCUUAACCCAGCAAGAGCCACCCGGCAGAACAACGCCCAUGGUUAAAACAGUCAUUGAAUAUGAAUAUGAUGUAAGAAGUAGUGACAUUUCUGUGGGGCCUAGAGGACAGGAGUUCAAUUUGCAGGAGGAGGUGUCCCUACAAGGAAAGAUAUUUGAACAACAGGCAACUUUAGCAGACUUGGGUCCACAGACGCUGCUGUAUUCAUAUACCCCUCAGCUCAGAGGCUUGGACCACCUGCGGCAGGGGCAUGUGGACACAGAGGAGGCCCCAGAGGAGGAGCCAUCCACCACACUCGUUGACUGGGACCCUCAGACUGGCAAGCUGUGUAUACCGUCAUUACCCAGCUUUCAACAUGACCCAGAGGGAUGUGGGCAUCCUGAAUCUGAGGGGCUUGGGGAGGAGGGCCUCUUAUCUAGACUCUAUCAGGAUCGGGCUCCAGACAAGGCACCGGAAGAAAAUGGAGCCUAUCUCAUGCAAUUCAAGGAAGAAUGGGGAUUAUAUGUACAAAUGGAAGACUAACCCUCAAAUGGCCCUUUGCCAGACUUCUACUGUUACAAAAUAUGUCAGUGCAGAGAAGUGACCCAAUAAUAAAAUACCUGAGAUAGAAGUUUACUCAGA